GUGAGGUUGGCCGCACCCAACACUACCGCAUACGUGUGUAUUCUUGAACUCCUCUUUCUUACUUUGCUAUUGAUUUGACUUUUUGUUUUACCUAUCUUCUUUCUUGCUACUUCACAGUGUUGUUUACCGUGCUCUUUGUGUGUGUGUCUUUUACUCCCUCUUUCCCGUUCGACUAUGACACAGGUGCCACGUGUUGUGGUCGUCGUGGCAGCGGUGCUGGCGGCUGUCCUCCUCUGCUUGCAGGGUGAGGUGGCGGCUGCGGGUGAAAACAAGAAACUCUACCCGGCCUGCGGUGGCAUCGAGCACACGGCGACCGCCAAUUCGCAGGAGGAGGUGACACUCUACAGCCACCCCUACUCCUACAACGGCAUCGCACUGGACUGCCUUGCCUACGAGGUGACCUCCCUCAAAGGAGGGCAGAAGAACCAGAAAAAGGACUAUUGUGUCAUCAAGCACCAAACCGAGUACGCUUACUCCAUCGUACUGCGCGCCACCUACGUCGACGACAGCGGCGAUCGCGUCACGCGCGACUUCAGCAUCCGCGACAUGACGGGCGGGUCCUUGACGUCGGUGACAACGCGCAUGCCGCAAUCCAGCAAGUACUCUCUUGUGUUCAAGAACCUCGCCACCAACAAGCGAUGCAACUUACAGGUCCGCGCCUUGGUGUCUCUCUCCACCGUCCCUGACGCGGACGCAUCUGCGGUGGGGCCAACCGUCGUCGCUAUUGAGCCGCGCACCGUGUACACGAAGGACUCGCCUCGCACCUACCUGGUGCUGGAUCACGGCCACGGCGUCAUGCCAAGUCGCUCCGAUGUCGUGACGCUGGUGGACUACACGCUGGGCACGUGCGCCCAACCCGUCGGGGACGUGGUCACGAUGGACUACUCCUCCUCCAUCCCGCCUUCGGUGCACAUAACAGGAGACGAGAGUGACUACAGUGCACGCGUGGCAACGCUGUACAACCCCAACACGUAUCGCGUGUGCUACCGCGGCGCGGACUCGUCCAGCGCGCUCGAGAUCGCCGUCAUCACCGCCUUCUCUGGCAACCCCGCUUACUAUGAGGUGAUCAGCGGAGAGGACUCGGAGGGGCGGGUGCUGGUCGGUGAGAAGGCCACCAUCAAGUUUUAUGGCUACGACCUUGACUCUCGCCAGCACGGCGACGAGGCAAAGUUUGUGUGGUUCACGGACGAGUGCGACUGGGGUGCGCCAGCUGCAGGCGUCCCGUUGACGGACGACUUGGGGCCGGACGACAACUACGGACCGAACACGACGUACACGCUGUGGACGUGGACCAUGAAGGAGGAGGGCGCCUUCAAAGUGUGCUACAAGCGCAAGGCCACCGGGAAAUGGACAGAGGUGCCCUCGAUCGACGACAUUGGCCCAGGUGCGGCCGCAGACACCUCCACGCCCAGCCCGGUGCCGGACCCCACCGACCCGUCGACGAAGGAGAAGUGCCCGAAGCUGACGUACAACUCACAGGACCCGUGGAAGAAGUACAAGAGCGUCCAAGUGACCCUCGCGACCAAGGACAUCCCAGACACAUUCUUUCACACGCUGUCGCAGGUGCUGUGCCUGCCCGUCAACAUGUUCAUCGUCAUGCACAGCCGAAAGACGGACGAUGGCUACAAGAACGUCUUCCUCACCUUGAACUGCGACGCCGCUGGCAACGAAGGCCAGUGCGACAUGACAGAGCGGCUGAACUACUUCGCGCAGCUGUCCACCACGGUAUUGAAUGAUCACGGCAUUACCGCGGUGGUGGGCAGCACCUCCGUUUUUGCCUUUGACGAUGACAAGGUCGUUACUAUUAUUAAACGCUCCUCAAAUGCGCUCAUCUUCUGCGGGCUUUGUGUUCUGGCAGGCGGUGGCAUGGCCGUCUUCGCCGUGAACCGCUACCAGGAGCGGCGGCACCACUUCACCCAGUUUGGUCUGGACGAAGACGACAUCGAUGAUAUGUACGACUUUGGUACCGCGCCGGGACCUGGUGCGCCUGGUACUACCGCGCAAGAUCACUAUAGUGUACCAGGGGCGCCACAGCAGCCGCCCGCGCGCAUUCGAAACGCCGUCAUCGAGAUCGAAGACUAA